AUGAAGGCCUUCCAUAAAAACAACAGGCAUCCGCUUGUAGGAACACGACCUGGGAGGACGCCAGAGCUAAGAGCUACUCCAAUCAAUCACAUCAGUACAAAUACAGCAGGCCGCGGCGAUGGCAGGAAGGCCUGUGGACCAGACAUGGCGGGAGGAAGCAGCCGACAAUUGGGCCUAACAGACUGCAUCCGUUCUCCAGCCUCGUCGUACUGCAAGUGGCUACCCCCAGGAGCGACGGCUAACGAGGGAUUUUCAGUAAACUUUUAUAGCAAUACUGUAAACCUGUAUAGAUAA